AUGUCUGCUGAAGAAACUCAUACAGCGUCGGUUGAACCAAAUGCCGUUGAAGAGCCAUUAGACCUUGUUCGUUUAUCGCUCGACGAACGAAUAUAUGUAAAAUUACGCGGAGAUCGAGAGUUACGCGGAAAACUUCAUGCAUAUGAUGGACACUUGAACAUGAUACUGGGCGAAGUGGAAGAGACUAUUACCGUUGUGGAAAUUAAUGAGACUUACGAGGAAGUUAUACACGGUAAAAAGAACAUCGGAAAUGUUAUUUGUACGCGGUGA